CUGUAUGUGGCAACGUUGUAAAUCUCAGUUUUGUGUCAAAAGAGCGGGUAGUACAAAGUACAAACCCUUGAUGUAAAGGCAAGCAACCAGAAAAGUACCCUUGUCCAGGUCUCCCACACAAAUCCUGUGGGGCGUUUCCAUACUCAAGCACUACACUCACUAUAUAAAUAGCCCCAAGAAAGGGCAGUCUAGCUUCUCAGAUACAGUACCAAACCUCAAACUCUAGCUAAACUCUUUUCUUUUCUCUUGUUCCUUGUUUUAAGCCGGCCGUGAAUCUGGAGUUUUCCGGGAUGCCUUACACCGCAAUGCACGAUGAACCCGACGACCGGAGAAGCGGCAGCAAGCGAUACCUCUUCCUCCUCGCCCUCAAUUACUUCUUUCUCUUUGCCGGCUCUGUCUCCUCCAGCCUCCUCUCCAAGUUCUACUUCAUCCACAAAGGCUCCAGCCGCUGGGCUUCCACCUUCGUCCAGUCCGCCGGAUUCCCCCUCCUCCUCCCCGCCGUCUACAUCCUCCACUACGCCUCCGGCCCGGAUCCUGCCUCCCGGAAGAAACCCUUUUCCCGUUUCACCCCCGGGGUGUUUCUCAUUUCAGUGAUUAUCGGCAUUCUGUUGGGGAUCAACAACCUGCUCUAUUCGUGGGGGAAUUCGUACCUCCCGAUUUCGACGAAUUCCCUGCUUUUGUCCACCCAGCUUCUCUUCACUCUCGUCGCUUCCGUUCUUAUCGUCAAAGAGAAGGUCACAUUUUCGGAUCUCAAUUGCGUCAUCCUUCUGACGUUGAGCUCCAUCUUGAUCGGCCUCAAUUCGGGUCACGACAGGCCCGACGGGGUGACCCGGGACAAAUACUUCGUCGGGUUUGUCUCCACCAUCGGGGCGGGCCUCCUGUUCGCCCUCUACCUCCCCGUGAUGCAGAAGGUGUACUCGGGGGUCCACUACUACGCCAUGGUGGUGGAAAUGCAGCUCGUGAUGGAGAUCGCGUCCACUGCCUUCGCCGUCGCGGGGAUGGCGGUCAGCGGUGGGUUCGCCGAAAUGAAGGCGGAUAUGGAUCACAAGUUCGAUCUGGGGCCCAGGGCGUACGUGCUGACAGUCGGGGUUAAUCUGGUGACGUGGCAGCUUGCCUUCAUGGGCACCGCCGGGAUGGUGUACCUGACGACGUCACUGACGGGCGGCAUCUGCAUGACGGCGCUGAUGGCGAUGAACGUCGUCGGAGGCGUUCUGGUUUACGGCGACCGCUUCGAUGGCUCCAAGGCGGUGUCCACCGCCCUCUGCCUCUGGGGAUUUUCGUCGUACCUUCACGGCAUGUAUAAGAAAAAGAAAAGCCGGGACAACGGCGGCGGUAGCGGAGAAUCUGCGUAAAAGCCACGAAACGCUCAGAAAAGACGGAUAUUGUAACGUUCGGCGACUGAGGUGACAGUUCACUGCUGACUGUAUGUGGCGGCGUGGACGGUCACAUCUAGAGAUUAUAAAUGUAACAUUAAAUCAGCAGUAAACUCUCAUCCGUCUUUUUAAAUUCAAAAAAUCUAUUUAUAUACACUUUUUGUACACAAUUAUGUACACAUCCU